AUGACUACUUCAAAGCUCUUCAGUCCCACUCGUGUUGGAAACAACGUUCUAAGGCAUCGUGUUGUCCUAGCGCCACUUACCAGAUAUCGAGCAGCAACCAACCAUGUCCCGAGCGACCUGCAAGUUGAAUACUACAAGCAGCGAGCUGGCAGUGGUGGUGGUUUACUGAUAACAGAAGCUACUUUGAUCUCGCCCAUGGCUGGCGGAUAUCCUGGAUCUCCAGGAAUUUUUACUCAAGAACAGGUUGAAGGAUGGAAAAAGGUAACUACUGCUGUUCAUGCUCAAGGAGCAGUCAUAUUUAUACAAUUAUGGCACGCUGGACGAGCUACGAAUAAAGCUCUCCUUCCCAACAACGCUUCACCUGUUUCAGCAUCGGCGAUUGCCGUCGUAGGGGUGGUCGAAAGCUUGUUCAGUGAACCAUAUGAGGUUCCUCGUCCAUUAGAGGAAGAUGAAAUCCCUGCAAUCAUUCAAGAGUUUGUUAUAGCUUCCGUGAAUGCCAUAGAGGCUGGGUUCGAUGGUGUCGAGAUCCAAGCUGCCAAUGGAUACCUGAUUGACCAAUUCAUCAAUAGCAAAAGCAACAUCCGAACUGACAAGUAUGGAGGUUCCAUUGAGAGCCGAAAUCGCUUGGCAUUGGAAGUUGUUCAUGCCAUUGAGCAAGCUAUUGGACUUGAACGCACUGCUAUCCGGUUAUCUCCAUGGGGGGCUUCUCAGAAUAUGGGCGACGACACGCCAUUGGAAACAUGGGGCUAUUUGACCCAGCAAUUGCAAGACGAGCAUCUUAAUCUCGCCUACCUUCAUUUUGUCGAACCUCGGCCACUCAUGUUUCGAACUUUUUCAUCCUUCCGCCAACCAAACAUCGUCCACCAGAUUUGGAAAUCGGCUUUCAUUAGUGCUGGAGGCCACGGUGACAAAAGAGAAAAGGCAUUGAAAAUAGCUGACGAGACAGAUAAUUUGCUUGCCUUUGGGCGUAUCUUCAUUUCCAAUCCGGAUUUACCGCAUCGUCUACAAGAGAAUCUUCCAUUGAAUCUAUAUAACCGAGCCACCUUCUAUACUCAAGGUGCUGAGGGUUAUAUUGAUUAUCCAGAGUGGGAAGAAAGCCGAGACGCAGGUAUGAACGAAAUACCAUAA